AUGUGAUUUGUUAACUUGUCGGUUCUCAUUGCCUACAUUCUGAUCGCGGGUAUUCUUCGUCCUUCUUGAAUUUUCUCUGCCCAGUUUCAUAUCUCCGGCUAGACCGGUCCAAUCCCGGUCGUUGAUUAACUAUUCCUACAUAGUCAUGAAUCCAGAAUACGACUACCUGUUCAAGCUUUUGCUAAUUGGAGAUUCUGGAGUUGGUAAAUCAUGUCUUCUUUUAAGAUUUGCUGAUGAUUCAUAUCUGGACAGCUAUAUUAGCACAAUUGGAGUUGACUUUAAAAUACGCACUGUUGAACAGGAUGGAAAGACUAUAAAGCUUCAAAUUUGGGACACUGCAGGACAAGAACGUUUUCGGACAAUAACUAGUAGCUACUAUCGGGGAGCCCACGGCAUCAUAAUAGUUUAUGAUGUGACAGACCAAGAAAGCUUCAAUAAUGUUAAGCAAUGGUUGAAUGAAAUUGACCGCUAUGCAAGUGAUAAUGUAAACAAGCUUUUGGUUGGAAACAAGAGUGACUUAACUGCUAACAAAGUUGUGUCAUAUGAAACAGCUAAGGCAUUUGCUGAUGAAAUUGGCAUCCCGUUCAUGGAGACCAGUGCGAAAAAUUCCACUAAUGUGGAGCAGGCUUUCAUGGCCAUGGCAGCCGAAAUCAAGAACAGAAUGGCAAGUCAACCAUCAAACAAUGCAAGGCCACCAACUGUGCAGAUUCGAGGACAACCCGUGAACCAGAAUUCGGGCUGCUGCUCAUCUUAGUUGGUUUCUCAUAUCUGAUACCCGCACCACGUUGUCAUGUAAUGGUACGUUUUACAACUCUCUGAACUGGUGAGAGUGAAUCGCACAUGUUCCAAACCAUAUGAUAAAUUUGUCAGCUCAUUCUAUUUAAAAAUUCCAUUCUUUGUAGUGUUAACUGGUCUGUACAAAAGAUGUUUGCUGUUAAGCAAUGAUGUUAUUUUCCAUGGGAUAGUUUGAUGUGUUAUGUGGAUUCUUACAGGGAACUUCUUCAGUUCUAAAUAUUGUUUUGCAAGUCAUUAUUUGUAUUACAAGCUACUCCAUCAUUGUGGUUAUUCUCAAGUGCUUAACUUGGAGUUGGCUUUAUUUUCA